GCGAAAAACAGUCCACCAUGGCGCCCAGGAAUCGCGGGGGCAGACCGACGCUCAGUCAGAGCUUGGACCGUGAUGUUUACCAGGUUGUGCGCAAGAUUAUCGACGACAACCCCGACACUCGUCUUUCGGUGCCCAUGUUGUAUGAGCAGAUCAAGAAAUCGAAUUCGAGUUUGAAGCGCCAGCAGAAGAGAUCUUUGGAGGACAGUCUUGAGAGAGUUCUGGCUGUGUUACAGGCCGACGAGGUCGAUGACGAGGAGGAUAUAGUCGAAGGUGAUUUUGAAGGCCUGGACGAGCCGCCGGCCACGGAACCCAAUGGUCUGAACCAAAGCAUUGUCGGCCAGUGGUCGACUACGAAAGCAACGCCGUCUCGAAAGACGGAUGACACAUCCUCGGGCAAGCCCUCGAAGAGAAGGAGGGAAGGUGGAGAGUCUGCUUCCAAGCGACGAAAGGGUGAGGCAAUCGAUCGGUCACCGCCCACACAUGUCAGUCUUGCAGACUUGGGUGGACUGGACGAGGUGGUCCAGGAAUUGGGCGAUCUGGUCAUCCUCCCCAUGACUCGGCCGCAGGUCUACCUGUCGUCUAAUGUGCAACCACCGCGCGGUGUCUUAUUGCAUGGCCCUCCGGGGUGUGGUAAGACCAUGAUCGCCAAUGCUUUUGCGGCAGAGUUGGGCGUACCGUUCAUUUCAAUCUCAGCGCCCUCUAUUGUGUCUGGAAUGUCCGGUGAAUCCGAGAAGGCCCUGCGUGAGCACUUCGACGAGGCCAAGAAGAUUGCUCCUUGUUUGAUCUUCAUUGAUGAGAUCGAUGCCAUUACACCCAAGCGUGAGAGCGCCCAAAGGGAAAUGGAAAAACGAAUUGUCGCUCAGCUUCUGACCUGUAUGGAUGAGAUUGCUCUCGAAAAGACCGACGGCAAGCCCGUGAUUGUUCUCGCGGCCACAAACCGCCCAGAUAGUCUGGAUGCGGCCUUGCGUCGUGGUGGCCGCUUUGACAAGGAAAUCAACAUGACCGUGCCCUCAGAGCCCGCCAGAGAGCGAAUUCUGCGAACACUCACGCGCAAACUGCGCCUGGCAGAUGACCUUGACUUCAAGGUUCUGGCCAAGAGAACCCCCGGCUUUGUGGGUGCCGAUCUUAACGACCUUGUCUCAACGGCUGGUGCUGCUGCCAUCAAGCGGUACUUGGCGAUCUUGAAAGCAAACAGCGGCGAGGAGAUGGAAAUCGAAGAAGUGGACGAUCUCAGCCCCAAGGUCCGGGAACUCCGUCGUCUGAUUGAGCAUGCUAAGGAGAAUCCCAUCGGCGAGGAGAACGACACUGUUCUCGUCUCCAAUGCAGACUUCUUCACCGCACUCCCCAAGAUCCAACCCUCAUCCAAGCGUGAAGGCUUCGCCACGGUUCCCGACACCACCUGGGCCGACAUCGGUGCUCUCAGCGGCAUCCGCGAUGAACUGGCCACCGCCAUCACCGAACCGAUCAAGAACCCAGAGAUCUACGCCCAAGUCGGUAUCACCGCACCAACAGGAGUCCUCCUCUGGGGCCCGCCAGGUUGCGGUAAGACGCUGCUGGCCAAGGCCGUGGCUAACGAGUCCCGUGCAAACUUCAUCAGCGUCAAGGGUCCAGAGCUGUUGAACAAGUUCGUGGGUGAGUCUGAACGCGCUGUGCGUCAGGUCUUCGUCCGCGCUCGCUCCUCAAUUCCCUGUGUUAUCUUCUUCGAUGAGCUUGACGCUCUCGUGCCUCGUCGUGACGAUAGUCUCUCCGAGGCUUCCGCCCGCGUGGUCAACACUCUCCUCACUGAGCUCGACGGCUUGGGCAGCAGUCGCCAAGGUAUCUAUGUUAUCGCCGCAACCAACCGUCCGGAUAUCAUUGAUCCCGCCAUGCUCCGUCCCGGCCGUCUCGAGACUUUGCUCUUCGUCAACCUCCCGUCGCCGCUUGAGCGCGUCGAGAUCCUGCAGACUCUGGUCCGGAACCUUCGCAUCGAGUUCAACGAUGACUUGCGUAGACUCGCUGAGGAUUGCGAGGGAUACAGCGGUGCUGAUCUGGGCAGUCUCCUGCGCCGUGCUGGUUACAUGGCUAUUAAGCGCCGCGACAAUAUCAAGCUCGAGGAUUUCGUUGCUGCCAAGUCUUUCAUUCGACCCAGUGUCACUGAUAUGAAGAAGUAUGAGAAGUUACGGCGCGACUGGGGUACUGGUGUUUGA